UUUCUCCCUCCUGUUUCUCUCUCGUGUUUCUCCCUCCUGUUUCUUUCUCGCGUUUCUCCGUCGCGUUUCUCCGUCGCGUUUCUCCGUCGCGUUUCUUUGUCGCGUUUCUCUGUCGCGUUUCUCUGUCGUGUUUCUCUGUCGUGUUUCUCUGUCGUGUUUCUCUGUCGUGUUUCUCUGUGUUUCCUCUCAGACUGUGGUCAGGGAGCAGCUCUGGACUUUCAGUUUGCAGCUCAGGUAUGUUGAGAUAUUGUUUUUCUUCCUUAAUCCUCGUCCGCACCCUCUGGGUCUCAAAGCUGAACGGAGCUUCACUUAUUGCAGUCUGGGAAAGAAAAGACGAGGAAGCAAAGCAGACACGAGACGCUUUCUGCCUGUCUGACUGCAGCUCUUCACAUUCAUAUCACGUCUGGGAAAUUAUUGUUUUGUUUUUAAUUUUCUCAAAUGACUUUGCACCACAUGACCAAAAGUAUGCGGACACCUGAACAUCCGUGCCAUGUGUGACAGGUAGCUGAACAUGUCAUUACAAAACCAUCCAAAAGCUUUGUCAGACCUCAUGAGCCACAGCUAAAAGUGAAAACUGUUUAAUAAAUCAAGCAUGAGGUCAUAGUCCAUCCACUUCAUCUGAUCAUUAGGACUUAAUUAUGUAAAUUAAAAUAGAUACAAAUCAAAAAGUUUUUGGCUGUUGACAGUUUGAAAACUGGUUUCUACCAAUCUGUUUUUACAUGACAUGUUUAUCUAGUUUUCGAUGUUGACUCAGCGUCUCAGUUUCGGUGUUUAUUCUGUAAAACAAACAGCAGAGAAUCAAACUGGAGGAAAAAACUCAAAACUGGUGCACAAAGUUCGACUGUUGAGGUGAGUAAAACAGAAAAAAGUGGAGUUAACUUCAGCGAGGCAGCAACAGAAGCUCCACAUUCUUCUUCUAAUGCUGCUUUUGGUGUGUUCUAUGUCAAAGCUCACAGAGUUUCCUGUGUCUGAAAUGAGCUCCAGGCUACUAAUAAAGUUUGACUCCUCCUUGCUCCAAAGGUCCUCUUGUCUGAAAACAGAGGAGAAAAAGAAGAAACUCAGACCGACGGACGAGGAGGAGGGAUGGGAGCGCAGGAACAGGAGGAGGACGCAGCUCCUUCCGCAGAAAAGAAGCACCAGAAAACCUCCAAAGAAGUUUAUUUCUCCGUCCUGCCGGACAGAUACGAGCCUCUGAUCGAGGAGGCAGAGGAGGAGACUCCAGAGGAGAGGAGGAGGAGGAAGGAGGAGAAGAAGAGGAAGAAGAAGAAGCGCUACAAGAAGUACAAGAAGAACGUGGGGAAGGCGCUGCGUUUCAGCUGGCGCUGUCUGAUGGCUGGUUUACAGAGCAUGGCCUCCGUUUAUUCCACACCCGUCUCCGCCGUGUCCACAGUGGUGACAGAAGUUAACCGAUCCACCGCCAGCAAGGCAUGAUGGGACACGGUCAGAUUAUGAUACGACAGGCUCCGAGCCUAGACCCGUAUCAUCUGAGGGCCCCCCUGACCUGUUUGGCCCCUUAGCCUGGUAAUUCAUCCACGACGUGAACGACGGCCAGGAGCACAGACAUUCAGAGUUUGUUUUUAGCCAAAUAAACCGACAGAUCGAAGAAGAAUGAAGUUCAGUCGAUACGCUUUUAUCUGUUUAAUGGAUGGUGUAAAUAUAAGAAUAAACAAGUACAAUCACGUUUUUGCAAUAAUUAAUGGAAUUUAAAAAACCUGCAACAGAUGGAGGGAACGUGGAAACAGGAAUAAAAUAACUAAAAGUUCCUUCAUUUAUCUGAUAAGAAAACAACUUUUUAAGGCUAGUUGAAAUGAACAGUCUUUAGUCUUUGAGUUUUAAGUUUACCAUGGUUUGUGUUGAUUGUAUUAUUUUUUCAUCAUCUCUAAGAUGACCUUUUGAUAUCUAUACCACCUAUUUUAUAUGUUUUUAAUACAUCACAUAUAAUGUGUGCGAUCAACUUUACAUCAUUAGCUCUUAAUGAUUUUUACUUGAUGGCUACAGAAUAAUGUAGCUACUUCUGAAAAUGUAUAUUAUUAUAUACUCCUCAUAUUAGCAUCUGUACUGGAUUUUAUCAAAUAAAUUCACUUUU